ACGAAUUAUAAUACUACUACUUUGUAUGAUUACUGGACUCUGGCGAAAUCCAUAAGGGCAUCGCCAUUAAUUAAAAAGAAGAAGAAGAGAAGGAAUUAAAAAUCGCCUAAAUUCUCUUCGAUUUUAUCAAUCCACGGUGUCUGAUAAUGAGUGAAUUAGUUAUAACCAGGAUACAUAGAAAUAACGUUGUCGAAAAUAAUUACGAAAAUUGUACUAUUGAAACUAUCGAGAAGUCUAUUUGUUACAAUGACUUUUUUGAAAAGUUUAUGAUGAAAAAUUUACCAUGUAUAAUCAAAGAAGUUAGCGUAAAUUGGGAGUGUGCAAAAAAAUGGGUAAAUAAUGACACUAUUGAUUAUAAUUACAUUUCCGAUGCCUAUGGAGAUUUCGAAGCUCCUGUAGCUAAUUGUAAGAAUGUAGCUUACAAUGCACAUUGUAAAAAUAAUAUGAAGGUAUCUGAGUACAUGGCUUAUUUGAAAAUAAAGUCUGAUCAAUUACUUUAUUUGAAAGACUGGCAUUUGAGACGAUUAAAGCCGUUAGACAGUUUUUAUGAAGUUCCUAUGCUGUUUGCAUCUGACUGGCUUAAUGAAUUUUGUGAGGAUCAGCAUGAAGAUGAUUUUAUGUUUGUCUACAUUGGACCUAAAUGCUCAUGGACGCCACUGCAUGCAGAUGUAUAUUGUUCAUAUAGUUGGUCUGUAAAUGUGGUAGGAAGAAAGAAGUGGAUAUUAUUUCCACCUGGCGAAGAAAAAAAACUGAAAGAUAAACUAGGUAAUUUACCAAUGCUCUUUGAUAGUGAAAUACACAAAGGUAUAAAGUAUUUUGAAAUCACACAAGAAAAAGGUGAUGCCAUAUUUAUACCCUCUGGUUGGUUCCAUCAAGUUCUCAAUAUUUUUGACACAAUAUCCAUCAAUCACAAUUGGAUUAAUGGAUGUAAUAUAAAAAAAGUAUGGGAGACACUUGAAACACAACUAAUUUCUGUAGAAAAUGAAAUUGCUGAAUUCAGAACUUCUGAAGAUUUCACAUUGCAGUGCCAAUUAAUCUUAAAGUCAGUUUUCGGUAUGGACUUUAAAAUGUUUAUAGCUUUCAUUUGCCAUAUUGGUAAAAAGAGGUUACUGCAAAUAGAAAGUAAGCAAUCUAGAGUAUUUGGGAAAUACAUUUUGGGAAUAAAUCAUAUUAAGUUUGACUUAAACAAUGUUAUUUGUGUGAUGGAUUUAAUAGCAAAUCACUCCCUUUUUAUUGAUAGUAACGUAAUACCAUUACAAAUGCAAAAAGAUUUUUUUGCACUAAAGGAACUAUUAGUAAAAAAUAAUAUUUCUAAUAACCAAGAUCAAGAUAUUAGCACACCCAAUUCCUAAAACCACAAUGAUUUUGUAAAGCUCAUACAAAAUAAUACAAUAGAUUAAACCUAUUAUAAACUUGAUCUUUUAUAUGUAUUUACAAUGCCGUUUCUUAAAAGUAUUUCAAUUUCCUUUUUACUAUAACCUAAUUCUUGCAAUAUUGGCUCAGUAUGUUGUCCAUACCAACUAGCUUUCACCUGACCAGCUGAUAUCCCUGGAGUUCUACUGAAUCUUGGUUGUGGUUGAGGUAUGAUUAUAUUGUUCUCAUCUUUGAGUAUUGUUUUUUUUACUUUAUGGUAUUCAUGUUCAUUCAAAGACUCGACUUCUAAAACUGGAGUUACACAAGCAUCUAAAUUAUCAAAUAUUUGGCACCAUUCCUCUUGGGUUUUGGUCAAAAAUAUUUCUGCAAAUUUAUUAUGAUUGUCUGAAUUAUUAAAUUGAUUAUAUUCUUCAGGAGAGAGUUGAAGUCCCUUGAGAAAGUUUGCAUAAAAUUGUGGCUCUAAAGCACCAACAGCCAUAAAUUUUCCAUCUUUUGUUUUGUAUGUUUUAUAAGCAGCAAAUCCACCAUCCAAAAGAUUGGUGCCUGGUUCUCCUCCCCAUAUUGGUAAAAAUCUUGACCUAAAUAUCCAUGAAGAGAUAUACAUUAAACCAUCUGUCAUUGCAGAAUCUAUAAUUUGACCUUUUCCAGACUUAGUUCUUUCAUACAAAGCUAAAACAAUUCCAAAGGCACAAAGAACGCUGCCUCCUGCGAAAUCAGCUAGUAUGUUCAAUGGUGCUACUGGUGGUUCACCAUUCCUUGAUAAGAGAGAGAGUAUUCCAGACAUAGCUCCAUAAUUUAUAUCAUGGCCUGCUUUAUCUUUGUACGGUCCUAUUUGUCCAUAACCUGUCAACCUAGCAUAAAUUAAACGUGAAUUAAGUUUUGCAAUAGAAUCUGGACCCAGUCCCAAAUUUUCCAUAACUCCGGGUCUGCAUGUAUCCAGAAAUACAUCAGCCGAGGUACACAUUUUCUUUACUAUUUCAAUACCUUCUUUGGUCUUCAUAUCAAUAGAUAUACUUUUCUUUCCAUUAUUUAACACAUCGAAAGGUAAUGUUACCUUACUAAUCACUGUUACAUCAGCGCCAAAGUCAGCUAAAAUAGCUCCACAAAAUGGCCCUGGAGCUAAUCCUUGUAUUUCGAUGACCUUAACUCCCUUGAGCGCCAUAUCAACGAAUCUAUUAAUAAUAAAAAAUACACUAAGCGGAUAGAGAUACUGUAUUUAUGGAAUUUUCUCUUCGUCUGUUAUUUUUUGUCGCAAAC